AUGGCCAGAGGCAGCGCCCUCCUGCUCGCCUCCCUCCUCCUCACCGCCGCCCUGUCAGCCACUCUGGGACUCGGGUCGCCGGCCAAGGAAAAGAGAGGCUGGACCCUGAACAGCGCUGGCUACCUUCUAGGCCCACAUGCUGUUCACAACCACAGGUCAUUUAAUGACAAGCAUGGCUUCUCUGGCAAGCGGGAACUCCAGCCUGAAGAGGAAGUGCAGCCAGGAAGCUUUGAGAGACCAACACCUGAGAACAACAUUGUGCGCACGAUAAUUGAAUUUCUGACUUUCUUGCACCUCAAAGAGACUGGGGCCCUGGACAACCUGCCCGAUCUCCCCCCCGCAGUUUCCGUUUCCUCAGAAGACCCGGGGCAGGCCUGA